AUGGGUGGAUAUUUCGAAGGUGACAUACGUAUUCCUAAAAUGCGUAGAGGUGUAGCAGUGCUUGGUGAUUAUGUACGUUGGCCAAGUGGAAUUGUGCCAUAUACUAUUUCAUCGAAUUACAGUACUGAAGAACAAAAUAUAAUUAUUAAUGCUAUGCGAACACUAGAAAACUUAACAGCAGUUAAUAAUGUACUUUGUGUACAAUUUCGUGAGAAAGUUGCUUCUGAUGGAGAAUAUUACAUCAUAAUUGAAAACGGAAUAGGCUGUUCAUCUUAUGUUGGACGAUUCACAGGAUAUACAUUGAAUCGAACGGUAACAUUGCAAAAUACUGGUUGUCUUUACACAGGCACAAUUAUGCAUGAAUUAAUCCAUACAUUAGGCUUCCGUCAUGAACAAUCACGACCAGAUCGCGAUGAUUAUCAACAACCACAACAAAAUCUACAACAACAACAUCCACAACAACAACCACAAAAACAACAACAUCUACAACAGCAACAACCACAACAACAUCCACAACAACCACAAAAACAACAACAUCUACCACAACAUCUACAACAGCAACAACCACAACAACAUCCACAACAACAACAACAAAAACAACAACAUCUACCACAACAUCUACAACAGCAACAACCACAACAACAUCCACAACAACCACAAAAACAACAACAUCUACCACAACAUCUACAACAGCAACAACCACAACAACAUCCACAACAACAACAACAAAAACAACAACAUCUACCACAACAUCUACAACAGCAACAACCACAACAACAUCCACAACAACCACAAAAACAACAACAUCUACCACAACAUCUACAACAGCAACAACCACAACAACAUCCACAACAACAACAACAAAAACAACCACAUCUACCACAAUAUCUACAACAGCAACAACCACAAAAACAACAACAACGACAAAAACCUCCACAACAACAACAACAGCCUCCACAACAAUAA